UUAAUAUCUGAAGACAUAAGAGUAGUAAUAAAUAAAUAAUUACAAAAUUAGGAAAUAAGGAUUAGCUUGCCCCGAGUUUGCCACAAAACUCCACCUGUUCGCCGAUUCUCUCCCUCUAGGGUUUCCGACGAGGUCAUCAAUUCUUAACGUUCAUUCCUUUCCUUUCCCUUCUCCUUUUCCUCGUCCAAAGCUCUCACCUUUCCGUGUUUCUUUUCCCUCUUUUUCCCUUUUUCAAUUACCCAAUUCGUUAUUUUAGUCUCUUCCUCCGCAGAAUUCACGAUUGAUAAUGGUCUUGCCAAGAAACUGUGCUUCAGGAUGUUUCCUCAAUUAUCUAGAGUUGAUCAUGUUGUUGAACAUUGCUGCGUCGCAAGAAACCCACAGGUGGAAGCUGGAUCUAGUAACAUGGAAUGGGAAACUUUGAAGAAAGAGCACAGAGUCUAAGCCUUUCUGGCUCGAGGUUGUAUGUCUUUUGCUGAACGCAAAGACUGCAUCACAGAAGCAAUUAUGGCUUCCAGCACUGAUAAAAAUCCACACGAAAGCAUAGAUAACACUUUGGAAGAAUUGGAUAGAGUGGGAUGGAGACAUUCAUACUGGUCAAGUAAAGGUCAAAGUAACCCUGCAGUCCCUGAAACGCUAACUUACAAAUUGGUAGCUGAUUUGUGUGUUAUUACUGAAAUCAGAAUAAAACCUUUCCAAGCUUCUUUCCAGCCGGGUUCACCUAUAUAUUCUGCAAGAUCUGUACUAUUCCGAAUGGGUCAUUCUCUGGGUGACGAUUUUGUGUGGACUUACACUUCAGAAGAGUUUCCAAUGGAUCAGGAAAGUAAUUUGCAGAGUUUUAAGCUUCCAGAACCUGUUCUUUGCAUUGGUGGAAUAUUGCAGAUUGAGCUGCGGGGUAGAGUCCAAACACAACAAAGUGAUGGAUUAUUUUACAUAUGUGUGGCUCAUGUUCAAGUUGUUGGACGCCCGUUAUCUCCAUUUGGAAUUGAAAUCCUUGAGCCUCUGAAAAGUUUGUGUUGAAGGCUUUGAGCUAUACACAACCUACCUUGCCUGAAGAAACCCGGGAAGAUGGUUCAGCACAGGGUUUGGAUUGGCAUAUGCGACCAUUUCAACAAAUGAUUGAUUAUCUUCCGGGGAAUGUACUUGACGUUGACAUCUGGGAAUAUGAAUUUGAGGGUGAAGGUGGUGGUGAACCAGAUAAAGAGUUCCUCUAAUC